GAAAAGAGGCUCCGAGGGACUCCCCUCCCAGCUCCAUCUUCACAGUCCUGGCGUGAGGUAACUUUAUGCUGCUCCCCAAAUGGGACACAAAGUGGUCGUGUUUGACAUUUCUGUCAUCAGAUCCUUGUGGGAAACUCGUGUCAAGAAACACAAAGCAUGGCAGAAGAAGGAAGCUGAAAGGCUGGAGAAGAGCGCACUGGAGAAGAUAAAGGAAGAAUGGAACUUCGUGGCCGAGUGCAGGAGGAAGGGUGUGCCCCAGGCCCAGUACUGCAAGAAUGGCUUCAUAGACACCAACACAAGGCUCCUGGAAAAGAUAGAGAGGAACUCAGUCACUAGGCAGAGUACACGGGUCAAGGACAGAGACAAACGGAGCGAUCCAUUUGUCUUUGAACUUUCAGGGACACAGUGGACGGAGCUGCCGGAUUCGCUGAGGGAGCAGACACACCUCAAAGAAUGGCAUAUCCACAGCACCUUGAUUCAGAUCAUUCCCACAUACAUCGAGCUGUUUCAAGCCAUGAGAAUUCUGGACUUGCCAAAAAACCAAAUCACGUGUCUUCCAGCUGAAAUUGGUCGCUUGAAGAACCUGAGAGAACUCAAUGUGAGUUUCAAUCACCUGAAGAAUGUUCCCCCGGAGCUGGGAGACUGUGAGAAUCUAGAGAGACUGGACUGCUCUGGGAAUCUGGACCUGACAGAGCUCCCCUUUGAAUUGAGUAAUUUGAAGCAAGUGACGUUUGUAGAUAUCUCAGCAAACAAGUUCUCCAGUGUCCCGAUCUGUGUCCUGCGGAUGUGCCGCUUGCAAUGGUUGGAUAUCAGCAACAAUAAUCUGAGUGACCUGCCGCAAGAUAUAGACAGGCUGGAAGAGCUGCAGAGCUUCCUCUUGUAUAAAAACAAGCUGACCUACCUUCCUCAGGCCAUGCUCAACCUCAGAAAGCUCACCCUGCUGGUUGUCAGUGGGGAUCACCUGGUGGAGCUCCCGACUGCCCUCUGCGAUGCCUCCACACCUUUGAAAUUUGUAAGCCUUAUGGACAAUCCUAUUGAUAAGAGCCAACAAUGUCAAGACAGCGAUGAAAUACUAGAAAGUGAACAGGACCGCCAGCAUUUUGAUAAAGAAUUUAUGAAAGCAUAUAUUGAAGAUCUUAAAGAACGAGAAGCCGUUCCCAGUUACACCACCAAAGUGUCAUUUAGCCUUCAACUUUGAUCUGGUCCACCUGAAGACCACAAAAUCUUACUGCUCUGUGCUCUCCAUCUUUGUCUACGCGUUACAUCUUACAGGAAUUGUGGCUUGUGCUGAAGGACAAAGUCCAGAAACUACCACCAUCACUGUUAAGAAAAAUAAUUUUCAAAUUUCAAAUGGGAAAGACUGGUAAAUUUGCAUAAUGUUAAUAUUAAUAGAUGGAUUUGCAUAUCCUUGUUCUAUAUAAUGCACAUUUAAUAUUUUAGGAAAUAUAUUUUUUUAAAUAUAGAGCAGCUAGGCAGUGGUGGCAAUGGCCUUAAGCCCAGCACUUGGGAGGCAGAGGCAAACAGAUCUCUGAGUUUGAGGCCAGCCUGGUCUACAGAGUGAGUUCCAGGACAGCCAAGGCUGUUACACAGAGAACCCUAUCUCAAACAAAACAAAACAAAAACAGACAAACAAAAAUACAGCAUAAAGAACAAGUUUUGAAACUGGCUGCAUUGUUUUCAGGAACCCAGGGCUGGAGGGUUGUGGACGAAAGGCUUCACCGCCGUGAAAGUGUUUCAGUGUACUAUCUACUUCUGUUGAGAGUAACGCUCUUUGAGUUUAAACAAGUGCUAUUUCCACAUUUUAAAAUAACUUUGGCAAGUACGUUUUAAAUGGCAUUUUAUUUAUGUAUUUUAUACAUAAAUACAUAAUACAUAGUAAUACAUUGUAUUUUAUUUAUGUAUUUAAUUGUAUUUAACUCUCAGGAGAGACUGAAGGUAUAAUUUGGGUCUCGAUGGUGGAAAGAAGGGCUGGCAUAUGUACUUCAUUGGACCCUAGGUGCUCAGCUGGUGUGGGCCUGGGGAGGUCCAAAUGUUGUGCUUGGGGAGCCCUCCUACCCUGACAGUUCCCCUGGUGGACCUGGGACAUCAGAGCAGAGCAGAGGCAGUGCCCUCCGUGCUCAUUCCUGGAGGGGCCCACACUGAUGACCCCCUAGAAAGGCUUGCAUGUGGGAACCGCGGGAGGGCUCUGCCUGCUGGAGUGCAGCUGUGGGCCAGGCAGGGAAUGUUAGUUUGUGUGGCCAAGGGCUGGGCUCUCUGUUCUUGCUCUACUUGUGCCACGGGAAGAGCCGUAUAAAGCUCCCCUUUUUCUACCAAUGUCUUAGUCUAGGACGAACAGGAAGUGGCUGAUCAUCUUGAAGAUGGGAGGGAAAAUACACACGCAUCUCUGUGUGUAUGAGUGGAUU